AUGACGAGCUAUAAGAGCUCUCAUGCCUUUGAAGGCAUUCAUGCCAGCCGCACACCAUUACCAAGGAACGCUGCUCAUUCUCACUCUCACUCUCACCUCAACUCUAAUCUCCAUGCCCAUGCCUCGGAUGCAAGAGACGUCCGCGGAAGGCGUUCCGACUCGAUCUCGUCUAGCCAGCCCUUCGAUUUCCCUUCUCUCACGCAACCACACUCUAUUCCACACUCUAUUCCACACUCAUACUCUCAGACUGGCAACUUCUCCACGUCUUUUGUCCGUGAACAGUCUCUGGCUUUGGGCAAUUUAGAGCGAGGAGACCAAUCUUAUGAAUCAAAACCAUUAUCACCUGAUGAUUCCUUGGCCACACUUUCCAGCAAUCAAGUUGGCAGCACAACAACAGGUCCAACCUCCGGCACAUCCACACUUGGCCAGAUCGAUACUCAAUUGGAGCAAGAUCAAUCACUACACAAUAGAAAAAGUAGACGUCGUGAUGGUGCGGAUAGAAGUCCACCCAGUGGCCUCAGUUUGCUUCUCAAGACCAAAGAUCAGGACGAUGAUGACUCCACGAGCAAAAAUCGGACCAAUGAGGCGUAUGCAGGCGUAUGUGCUAGUGCAGGAACUAGUUCUGAAGCCGCAUCCGAGUUAACUGGCAAGAGAUCCAAGAGACAAACAUCGAUAUCACUCCCACCAGCCCCUAUUGAUACAUCCUUGUCCAAGUGUCUAGUUGAGCCCGUUGGCUAUAUUCCCGCGGUGAUUCUCGGUCUUUUGUUGAACCUGCUAGAUGCUGUAUCGUAUGGCAUGAUUAUCUUCCCGCUCAACCAAGCUCCGUUCCAGGCUCUUGGCCCUGAUGGCAUCUCCAUGUUCUUUGUUAGCUGCGUGGUUUCACAGCUGGUCUAUUCGCUCGGGGGAAGUGCCUUCAAGGGUGGUAACGGAAGCAUGAUGAUCGAGGUUGUUCCAUUCUUGCACUUAAUGGCCGAGACAGUCGUUGCUAGGGUAGGCGUAGAAAAUCGAGAUGCAGUCUUGGCAACAACAAUUCUCGCUUAUGCACUCAGUACAAUCAUGACUGGCGCUGUUUUUUUGGCUCUCGGGUAUUUCAAGCUCGGAUCUCUUAUUGCAUUUUUCCCAAGACAUAUUUUGGUUGGAUGUAUUGGAGGAGUAGGUUGGUUCCUGAUAGUCACAGGACUAGAAGUCUCGUCCAGAAUGACGACCGAGCUGACCUAUACAUUCGAGACGUUCAAGUUCUUGUUUUUGAAUGCUCAUGUCUUUGCACUCUGGUCAAGCGCUUUUGGACUGGCGCUAUUGCUCCGUGUUCUUCAGCACAAGAUCCGUCACCCUUUCCUUGUUCCCGUCUUCUUCAUGGUAGUUCCUGCUAUUUUUUACGCUAUUGUUGCCAUUUGUGGAUUCGAAUGGGAUAUGCUACGUUCCAAUGGCUGGGUUUUCCCAAUGCCAGAGGGUGAUGCACCCGGUUGGCAAUUUUAUAGUUAUUUCAAUUUGAAAUUGACCAACUGGAGAGCCAUUUUAGAAACAGUUCCUGCAAUGUUGGCGUUGACUUUCUUUGGAAUUCUACAUGUGCCCAUUAAUGUUCCAGCACUUGGCGUUUCGACUGGACAUGAUAAUAUUGAUACCAAUAGGGAGCUGGUUGCUCAUGGAUGGUCUAAUCUCUUGAGUGGCGGCGUUGGCACUGUCCAGAAUUAUCUUGUGUAUACCAACUCGCUAUUAUUCAUCAAAUCAGGAGGCGACAGUCGUGUGGCAGGAGUUAUGCUGGCCAUUGCGUCGUUGAUUGUCUUUUUGAUCGGACCAUGGAUUGUGGGAUACAUCCCUGUAAUGGUGGUCGGAUCAUUGAUUUUCCAUCUGGGCCUGGAUCUAGUCAAAGAGGCAUUGUGGGACACCUGGGGUCUUGUUCAUCACCUUGAGUAUCUCACUAUUGCGCUGAUUGUCGUGGUCAUGGCAGGAUUCGGGUUUGUGGAGGGCAUUUUCUUCGGCAUCUUAUUAGCUUGUGUGUUCUUCGUGGUGACUAAUUCUCGCAAGGAAAGUGUUCGUUACUCUUGCACAGGCGAGAGUGCCAAGAGUACGGUCCGACGAGUUUACAGACAACAAAAAUUUUUGCGUCAGGUCGGACGUCAGAUCUACAUCUUUAAGCUGCAGGGUGAUAUGUUCUUUGGAACAAUUAACAAGGUGGAAAAAGAGAUCCAGGAUGUCUUUUCACGUCGGCGCUGGGAAGUCAAUCCUAUCCAGUUCUUGGUGUUGGAUUUCUCUCUCGUACGUGGCGUAGAUUUCUCGGCUGCGGAAGGAUUUGGACGGAUUCGGAGAGCUGUUCGUGCUAAAGGUGUCUGUCUCGUAUUAUCAGGUUUGGACGAGGAAGACGAAGUUGGCAAAGCAUUGCAGAUGGUUGGUGUUUGGGGUGCAGGAGCAGGAGCAGGCCUUGGAGAGGGUCAUGGCCAUGGCGCCAACUUUGCGGAAGAUGGAUUUGAUACUCAGAGCUUUCCUGGAUUGAGCGAGGCACUCGAGUUUUGUGAAAAUUGUCUGCUGGAGACAUACUACAGAACAAGGGAAUCAACGUUGGAACUGGCGAAACCAAAUGAGCGCCCAUAUCCUCAUCCAAUCAAUCUUCAACAACCUGUGCCUACGCUAUUGGCAGCCUUUCAUGACACGCGUGAGAACUCUACAGAUUUCUUUUUGCGACUGAGCAUGUACUUUGAGAGGAGGACAGUGUUGGCAGGGACGAUUCUUUGGCGGCAAGGAGGAGCGCCGAUCGAUGGUCUAUAUCUGGUUGAAGAUGGAACUCUCCGCAGUAUUCAAGAGUUCCAAGACAGCGGACUUGUGAGAAGAAGUGUGGAAGUUAUUUUACCUGGCACGAUUUCAGGAGAGAUUGGGCUAUUCACUGGUAAUAACCGCUCCUCGACCCUUGUGGCGGAGACAGAUGGUAUUCUGUGGGGACUGAGCCAGGAUCGGUUCCAAAAGAUGAUCAAAGAAGAUCCGGCCUUGGCAGUGGAGUUUAUGCGCGUGGCUAUGAGCUACUCUGCAGAACGACUCAAUACAAUGGUCGCCUAUGCAUUCAGCCUGAGUUAA